AGGAGACAAAGGGAGAGGAGUGACAGAGGAGAUGAGACAGUGUUUAAAAAUCUCCAUGGCAACAGCAGGCAUGCCUGUUUAAUCCAUCUCCCCAACAGUGAGGUGACGCAGCAUCAUGGACAAAGUGAGGAGGAUCCUGGUUCAUGUUUGUAAAGACCGAGCAGCUCCACAACGAGCUCAGUUUGUUCAGAACGAUCAGUUUGCAUCGUGUGUUUCUUCUUCUAUUGUUUCAGAGUAUAACGGGUCACUUCAGUGAUGGCGCUGACGAUGAGGUGGAGGUGAACUGCUCACUGGAGAAGAACCAGUUUGUCCUUUCCAAAGGAGACAAAGGGCGAGGGGUUCCUCUGAAGAGGCCCGCCUUCUGUCCCAUCAAACACCUGUCAGUCAAGGAGGCGGCUGCGAUCCCAUUGGACGUCCAGCAGCGUGGAAUAGAUGUGGGCGUGGCCAUUGUCCUGCAGACGACCAAUCAGAGAGUGCUGCUCACACGAAGAGCGAAGGAGCUACGGAUAUUCCCAAACGUUUGGGUUCCUCCAGGUGGCCAUGUGGAGCCGGAGGAGACGCUGCUGGACGCCGGACUCCGAGAGCUACAGGAAGAAACUGGACUCAGACUGGAACCAGAACAAGUUUGUCCAAAGAUACUGGGACUCUGGGAGUCUGUGUACCCCCCCAUGCUGUCCAGAGGACUCCCUCAGAGACAUCACAUCGUCAUCUACAUGCUGCUGCACUCGUCCCUCUCUCACCUGCAGCUCCAGGCGUCUCUGAGUCCGUCUCCCGAGGAGGUCAGCGCCUGUCUGUGGGCCGACAGUCAGCUGGUCAGAGCCAUGGUGACCGCUGUGGACGGAGAGGACACAGAGGUUCAGCUGGAACACCUGCCGAGCAGCGUCAGUGUGUCUCAGGUGUCCACAGGUGGCGCUCUGACUGAGUCCACGCUGCCACUGACCGUGUUCGUCAGCCGGGCGCCAGCCAGUGGGCCGGACCUGGAGCGGGUCAGUACUGGGACCAAGUACGCCCUGGAGCUGUGGCUGAAGAGCCUGGAGACCCCUGAAGCCUGACCCCCCAAUACACACACACACACAUACACACACUCUAACACACACACACACACACACUCUAACACACACACACACAC